UAACGGGCCCUUGCGCUGUGUAAUUUGACGUAGCGUCUGUCUGUGUACGGGGAUAGAUUUUAUGUUUCGGUGACCGAUCAUUUAUCGUUUUGUUCCAUUCGGUCGGGUGACCGGUUUCCUUUUGAUCUCGUUUCUGAUGAUGGCGACGUUCGUUAGCGAACUUGAAGCCGCUAAGAAGAGCCUCAGUGAGGCUUUGGGGGAGAACGUAAAACAAUACUGGGCAAACCUGAAACUUUGGUUUAAGCAGAAAAUCAGCAAGGAGGAAUUUGAUAUUGAAGCCAGACGUCUGCUUACACAAGAAAAUGUUCAUUCCCAUAAUGACUUCUUGCUGGCGAUUCUCACGCGCUGUCAAAUACUUAUUUCAGCACCUGAAGGAUCUGGCUCGUUAAAUUCUGCAACAAAACCUGGGAAACCAAAGGGAAAAAAGAAAAUCUCAUCUGUACGCCAGAAAUUUGAUCAUCGCUUUCAGCCACAGAACCCCCUGGCAGGAGCCCAACAGUUUGUAAGCAGAGAUCCACAGGAAGACGAUGAGCUUAAACUAUGUUCACACACUAUGUCCCUUCCUACACGAGGACAGUUGGAGGGACGUAUGAUUGUUACAGCCUUUGAACAUGGACUGGACAAUGUAACGGAAGAAGCAGUGACCAUUGUUAUCUGUGCUUUAGAGAAACAUUUAAAAGAUCUGUUAACAUCUGUGGUUUCAAGACGAAAGGCGCAUCGCUUGAAAGAUGGACAUUUCAGAUAUGCUUUUGGCUGCAAUGUCAAUCCUCAGCCUUAUCUAAGAAACAGUUUGGCAGCAUACAAUCAGCUCAUUGAGUGCCCUCCUGUAUUGUCUUCUCCAACUGGCACUCCUAAUUCUGGAACCUACGUUCAUCCAGAUGAUGCAGAACAGCAAGCUGCGCUCCUGUUAGCCUGCUCAGGAGAUAACCUUCCAGCAAGUUUGCCUCCUGUCAAUAUGUAUGACCUAUUAGAAGGCCUGCAGGUUCACAGAGAAGUCAUCCCUUCACACACAGUCUAUGCAUUAAACAUGGAACGGAUCCUUAUGAAGCUAUGGCACCCAAACAGAGAAGAGUUGCAACAGGAUGAAAUCCACCGCCAGAGACUGGCAGCCAAGGAAGGUCUUCUUUUGUGUUGAAAGACUGAAAUAUGUGGCAAACUCCUUCAUGGACCAAAUCAGUUUAUCACAACUUUUUUUUUUACUUCUCCAUGGUUGUCAUGUCGACCUGUCAGGACAUUUAAGAACAUGUAAAUUAACUUAUACCCGCUGUGAACUGUAUGUUACUAAAAACUUUCAUUAAAAAACCCCUAAGUUGUUUAUUUAAA